AUGGCUACUCGUAGAGCUUAUGCUAGAAGGAAUGUGAGGGAGAAUGUAAAACAAGAAGCUCAUCCUCAAGCUCCGGUCGACCCUUUGGCCGAGCAAGUGACUAAUGCUGAGUUUAAGACUGCUUUUCAAGUGUUGGCCCAAGCCAAUAGGGAGGAUGCGGUUCCCAUAAACCUAAAUGUAGGUACAUCGGCAUCUAGAGUGAGGGACUUCACUAGAAUAAAUCCACCGGAGUUUCAUGGUUCUAAGGAUAUGAAUACGAGGGCUAACCAAAGGAGAGCGGAAGGGGAGUUAGGUGAUGAGGGAGUUCCUCCCCAAGUUGUGCAAAAUGGUCAAGGUGUGCAAUGCAAUCAAGUUCCUAUAGGUGAGCAAGAGAAUGAGGUUCCGGUGGUUCCCCCGGAUAUGACCAAUGAAGAGAUUAGGUCGGCUUUCUUAAUCUUGGCCCGAGCCAUGGCGGCUCAAGCGACUAGAGAUAUGGGGCCUAGGUCCAAACUUAAGAGGAUGAAUAGGGGUGUGAAGAGGGGUAGAUCGGAUGAGCAAGGUCAAUCUAGGUUCAAGAAGAGGAGUCAAGACCAAGAUUUUUCAAGUGCUCCUAAGGUUAACCAAGAAAAAAAUGGUGGAUCUCAAUUUUCUAAACCUACUUGCAUCACUUGUGGCAAGAGGCACUAUGGGAAGUGCCUAGCCGGUACUAAUGGGUGUUAUGGUUGUGGGAAGAAUGAUCACAAGGUGAAAGAUUGUCCUACUCUUACGGCUAGAGGAAGGGAAGCCAAGCAAGCUUCUAAAGAUGGAACGGUUCCUAUCCCUCCAAAUUAUGGUCGUUUCUAUGCUCUCCAAGCUAGCAAGGACAAAGAAGCUAAUCCGAAUAAAGGCGCCGAUAAGUUUUAG